GACUGUCCCGUCGUGCCUCACGCGAGCAACUUCGCGACGAUAACUGUGCGCUGUUCCAUCAGAGAAUGUCGAGUGCGUCUAAAAUCACUUUCGGUAUAUGUUGCAUGUCGUCCGUCGGAAUAAUAAGCUACGUACAUUACAAACAGGCCUACGACAGGAAGCAGCUGCACCUCGGUGUGAUACGUGACAUUGAACGACGUGAGCGCCGAAAGGCAGAAAAUGUCUACAUUCUGCAGCAGCAGGCCGAAUUAGCCAAGGAACUGCGUAGACGGACGACAUUACAAGAAAACGACACGUAACGAUUGAUACGCGUGAUAGUUAGUCUUGUUAUUCGAGGAUUUCUAUAAGGAAUAAAGGGGAGUAACGUGUACGAAGUA